AUGGCCAUGGAUACAGACACGAUUCCGAACCUUCUGGGCGAUGCGCGGGACGAGGCACCGGAGGAACUCCAGGAAUACUUCAUCGCCUUUGAGGACUUCUGGGAGCGAAAGCUAUGGCACGAGCUUACCGAUAAGCUCAUCGAGUUCUUCGACCACCCAGAGAGCGCCAAGCAGCGGAUACCCUUCUUCGAGACCUUCAUCAAGAGCUUCGCAAACAAGAUCAACCAGCUGAAGCUCGUUACCUUGGGGCUCAACACAGCCUCACAGUACAAGGACGACAAGGAACGCCUUGCUUUUGUCAACGAUCUCGCAAAGAGUGUCAACAAGCCCGCCUCACAAGAUGCCUACGUAUACGCCACAGUCGCUGCCGCCAGCAUACAGCUACGGUUAAAUGAUGAGGAGGGAGCCAAGAAGAAGCUAGACGAGUGUGAGCAGAUACUGGAUACCUUCGACUCGGUGGAGACGGUUGUGCACGCCUCGUUCUACCGGGCAAGCGCAGAGUACUACAAGUCCAAGCACGAAUUCGCCGCAUACUACAAGAACGCCCUGCUGUUCCUGGCCUGUGUCGACCUUAACGACCUAGAACUCCGGGAACGCCAGUCUCGCGCCUACGACCUCAGCAUUGCCGCGCUCGUCUCAGACUCCAUCUACAACUUUGGAGAGCUGUUACUACACCCCAUCCUCGACUCGCUCGUCAACACCCCACACGCAUGGCUUCGCGAUCUCCUCUUCGCCUUCAACCGUGGCGACCUGAUGGCGUACGACGUCCUCUCGAACAACAUUACCAAGGCCCCGCUUCUCAAGGAGCACCAGACCUUCCUCUAUCAGAAGAUCUCGCUAUCCGCUCUCACAGAGACCGUCUUCCGCCGCCCACCCCACGACCGCGCCAUGACCUUCUCCGAGAUCUCCCAGGAGACCAAGGUACAACCGAACGAGAUCGAGCACCUGAUCAUGAAGGCGCUGAGCUUGGGACUGCUCAAGGGUCAAAUCGACCAGGUUGCCGAGAUUGCGCGCAUCAACUGGGUGCAGCCCAAGGUUCUGGACAUGAAGCAGAUUGAGGGUAUGAGGACACGGUUGAAGGAGUGGGAUGCCAGUGUUAACCAGCUGGGUAACUGGAUCGAGGGUGUAGGCAAGGACGUCUGGGCUGCUUGA